AUGAGCGAAUCGAGCUUCGUGCAAGCCCAGCAACGGGUCGCCGCCCGCCGACAGGCCCGCGAGGUCCAGGCCGCCGCCCGCAUCGCGGCGCAGCGAGAAGCGUCGCGCACCAGCACGCAGCUGCAGCGCCUGCCGUUCCCCCUGAGCCGCCUCGCGCCGGCCUGGGAUGCCGUGUCGUCGCGCGAGGGCACGCGGCCGGCGUUUCGCGUCGCCCAGGUCGACGCCGAGCUUCUCGACGACGAGCUCGUCGACCUGCUUAAGGCGCAGGUCGCCGACGCCCUCAAAUACUUUGCCGGCGGCCAUCUGCAGGACGACUGGUCCGACGAGAUCAUCCUCGCGCUGCGCGCCGUCCUCUUCAAGCUGACCAUCUGGGACCACGACGCGACGUACGGCGCGGCCCUGCAGAACCUGAAAUACACCGACGCGCGGAGCACCGGCCCCGUCCUGGUGGCGCCUUCGCGGGCGCAAAAGUCGGUCUACGGCCUCGUCAGCGUCGUGGGCAAGUACGCAUGGACCAAAUGGGAGGGCUGGCUGGUCGAGCAGGACGACGGGUACGACGAGCCCAGCCCGCGCGUGCGGCUGCUGUCGCGGUGGACGUCGCGCCUCACGACGGUGCACUCGGCGGCGGCCUGCGCGUCGUUUCUCGUCUUUCUGCUGCACGGGCGCUACCGCACGCUGCUCGACCGGAUACUACGGAUGAGGCUGGCGCCGCCGACGAGCCAGGUCAGCCGCGAGGUGUCGUUUGAGUACCUGAACCGGCAGCUGGUGUGGCACGCCUUUACCGAGUUCCUGCUCUUCGUGCUGCCGCUCAUCGGCAUCAACCGCUGGCGUCGCUGGCUGAGCCGCACGUGGCGCAGGACCAAGGAGAUUGUCAACACGAGCAGCGCGAGCGCCGCCGAGGGCGGUGCCGGCGCCUCGGGCGAGUACGGAUUCCUGCCGGAGCGUACGUGCGCCAUCUGCUACCAGGACCAGAACGAGGCCACCACGGAAAACGAAAUCAUGCUGGCGGCGUCGAGCGGCGUCGUCGGCUCCGCGCAGACGGAUGUGACGAACCCCUACGAGACGAUUCCCUGCGGCUGCGUCUACUGCUUCGUGUGCCUGGCGACCCGGCUGGAGCGCGAAGAGGGCGAGGGCAUUACGUGCCUGCGGUGCGGCGAGCACGUCAAGGAGUGCCGGCCGUGGGACGGCGAUGUCGUGGAGCCUGCCAGCACCAGGUCAGGGGGGCACAAAACGGUGGCCUUUUCCGACGACGUUACGGGUGGCAUGGAUGAAGAAGAGGAGGAGGAGGAAGAAGAAGUCGAGGAAUAA